GCGGACAUGUCAACCGCAUCACAUGCCCUCUUCAACUUAUCCUUUAUAGUCGGAUUUUCCCUAUACUCUCCAUUGUAUCACGACGUUAAUGCGCUGGCAUACUGGCUACUGGUGUCGCCGAAUUCGUCACCUUUUCGAGGUUGCAUGUAAACAAUCAGGUCCAUAGCCACACACACAGACACAGACGCACCCACGCUUGACUUGUUGCUUGUUGCAUAUUUCAUUCAUCCCACGGCCCGGUUUACGGUAUUCACUCAUCCUCACUUCCUUACUUGGACAACAUCGUCGUUCCUUCUCCAACUGCCACGUCCAAUUCUCGUUCACAUCCUAACUCUCAUUAAUUUAUUCUCGAGACUAAGGACUCCAAUAAUGCCUGCGUGGCCUUUGUAAUUCCUAGUUGGUCGUGUCGGAGAGGGUGGUGCUGAUUCAGUUUCCUUUUUGCUCGGAGACGGUCCGUACCUGCCUUCUCUGCGUCCCGACUUAAAGCGGGAAGUUGCCCGGACACAUUCACAGGGUAAUUGGCAACUGCACAUGUGGCGACUGGCAACUGUCCCGCGUCAACCCAUGCCCACAUAACUUACCUAAGGUACCUCCAUAAUUUAUCUGGGUAUCUAUUUUCUACAUAGUAUCUCGGAUUACUGGAAAGCAGUCAGCCACAACUUCGUGGCCAGCUGCGCCGAUGUUCUCCUUCAGAGAUGGCUACCAUGACUCCUUACAAACGCGAAUUACCUUUUAUUCACAGAGCUUGGAAGACUGCCGUCGACCACUUAUCUCCAUACAGCAUGGGAAUCAAGCUAUCUUCCACCAACGGUGACACUGUCGUCAACAAUGAUCACGCCCUCCGUGCCACCAAACGGCGCCGCAUAACUGAAGACUCAUCCGAGUCUACGCCGAACGGUAUCCUGGGCCAUAUGUUGUCUGACAGAGACAACGACUACGAGAAGGCGCUCCGCGUUGAUGUGCUUCAGAUCACACACAAAGACAGCUCUAAUCACAGAUCCAGCAAUUUGCUCAACGGCACAGGAUCUCCCGUCAAAAAGGACAUCGCAGCUAUUCGCGUCCGUUGCAAGCUCAGCAUCUUUCGAUGGAGGGUUCCUAUCAAGGAAAUUCGCGUGCUCUAUUGCGAUAGUCAGAUAUGCAGUCUCAAGGUAUUCCGAGACGCCGAUGGCGCGUGUCGGAGGGCUAGAAUAUAUCUCAAUUCACCAUUCCAAGUUCCGGCGGAAAAGUUAUACGUCGAACGGGAUGACGAUAAUGGUUUUGACCUGGCUGACCAUUACUUGGUUCAAGCCGAGUUGGAGUCCGCAGGAGAUCCUAGUUGGCCGCCUAUCGAUCUGCUGCCCAAGGAUGAAGUAAACGAUGCUGACUCAAGUCUCCCGCAGCACUGGGUUCUCACUUCUUCGGUCGUCUACAAGUUUGAGAAGCAUCGGGCGUCUGCUCCUGUCAAGAUUAGGAAACGGGUUGGAUCUGAGACUACGCUUGAUCUAUCAAUGGACAUGGAUCUUAGAUGGUCCACAUGUCAUAGUGCAGGCAGCAUCACCGAAGUCGAGGUUUCCCCACCAGAAGUACCAGCAUCAUUCCCCAGCGGAGCUUUGGAGCCAUUGACAAAUGGACAUGUCAAUGGGAGGUCAGAUAAUGCUAUUAACGGUCCUUCAAAGGAUGAGGAUGUCUUUGUGGAGGACGACGAAGAUCAUGAAGAGGCUGCAACUCCCAGUCGUUCAUUGAGAACGAGAGAGAAGCAGAAUUAUAAUCUGAAGCUACUUAGUGAUAAGGCACGAGGCAAGGAGCGAAAGGAGCGGAAGCAACGUAAGUUGGCAGAUACUAGAAAUCAAGAAGCUGGGCAGACUACCUGGGUGCUUCCUCGAAAUGGAGAGGUUGUAUUGAAAGGUUACCAAUGCAUAAGAUGCUUUGGAGUUCAUUCAUCUAUGAACCAGCUCAUAGAACAUGUAAAGGUUCAUCCUGAGUUCAAGUAUGACUUUGAUCCGGGCUCUUCCCGAAUCUGGGUUUUCCAACACGGACAAGAGAACAGGCGUCGGUCCAGCUCGUCUUUCUUAAAAGUCGCUAGUUCUGAAGACCCGGAGAGCGAAUUCGAAGACUGGAAGGUAUCCCCUCAUAAGGCCCAGAAGACUCUGGCACAGUCAAAUCCAUUACUCUCGAAUAUUCCGAAGGAUCCCAGGCAGUUAGUUCCGAAUAACAAACAGCCUAUGUACGAUCGCCUGAGUAAGGCAAUACUUGAGCCAGGGACAUUGGUUGAUCCUCCCGAUAUCGACGAUACUUGGUUGGUACAAAAGCAUCGGGAUAUCAUUCGCGAUUACAGCGACGUUCACCCAGAAGAGAAGGAGUUUAUCUCAGAAUGGGAUGCUUAUGUCAAUAAGGAAUGUGUCACUUCGGACCCCCAUUUACAAGGUGUAUAUCUCAAGUUCAUCCAGACCAAGGCAUCAUGGUUAGCUGCGUCCCAAAGUCGCAUGACGGAAUUCUCGAAACAUAUGGCCUACUUGAAGGCAAGGAAUACCCUGACUGAAUCUACGAUCGUCAAGGCUCUAGCGAUCAUGCGGCAAGCAAGGGACCAGAAGCGCCCCGAGCAGCCUGAGACUACAAAACCGCCGUCUCCAAGAACUGAGUACCGCAAGUCAGCGUCGGGAUGCGCCGUCUGUGGCCAACCUAUCCGGGGGCCGUCCACACUGAUCUGCUCGAAUGUGGAUUGUGAGAAGCCCUUAUACCAUGUGGAUUGCAUCCGAAAAGCCGCGAAAGUACCGGUAGGAAACCACAAUUGGUCCUGUAAUAGUUGUUGCGACGGUUAGCGGGGGGUUAUCUAAAGUACAAAGUACAAGCACUACAAUAUUCCCAUCCCGCCUUUGACCUGAUGCUGGAAACUACCCAGGUAGCUGAUUAACCACCCUGAGGGUGGUUGGAGGCGGUUGAUACAUCUUAAGAGUCUGGACUGGCAUCUAAGAGAGGGGUGCAAGACUCAGAUCCAAUAAUCCAUUCAGAGGUCUGAUCGCAGCAAAAAAUCGAAAGGCAUGCGCUAGGGCAUCUAAAAACUCUUUGCAACCUACCUAUCCACAAGCUCCGUUCCGAACCCUUUCACAGAAGGGUUGAGUGAACAUGCUAUCAUACCCGUAGCACGUGGGUAAUCUACAGCUAAAUGAAUAACAAACUCUAUCAAAAAAAGAUUAAUUAGAACAUCAAUUCACCUUGCAG